AUGUUGCCUUGCCGUCUUCUUGCAUCUCUGGCGGCUGCCUCCUUGCUUGCAACAAUCCCUUCGGUCUCUGCUGCCACGGACUUCGGCUACACCACGAACGCCGAUAAAUACGUUAUCAGCACGGGAGCGGGUUUGACGAUUUCCAUGAGGCAGUCGACGUGCGAUAUCGUGUCCAUUAGCUACAACGACAAGGAACUGCAGUACAAGUCCAUGGGUACGCAUGUUAACUCCGGUUUGGGCUCGGGAGUGACGUCGACUAUCGAAUCCUUGAACGAUGACAAGAAGACAAUCCACGUCAACUGUAAGAAGACUGGACUGGAGCAAUCCUACUUCUUCCGUCCCAACGAGAAUGUGGUAUACAUGGGCACCUACCACUCGAAGGACCUGGUUCUACCGGAACUGCGAUUCCUUGCUCGUUUGGACAAGACUGUGAUGAACCAAGGUAUUCUCGAAGCAACCGUCGAGUCUGGCAUGACUGCUAUUGAGGCUACCGAUGUCAUGCAGAACAGUGAGGGCAUCACCCGUUCGAAAUACUACUCGGGUGUGCCGUUCAUCGACGAUGCUGUCCACGGCGUCAACAGCACUGCUGCCGGUGUGUAUUUGGUGAUGUCAGAGCACAGCUACGAGACGUCGAGCGGUGGCCCGUUCUUCCGUGACAUCAACAACAAGCUCGACGUCUCGAACGAGCUCACGUUCUACAUGAACUCGGACCACACCCGUAUCGAGGAAUACCGCUACGGUUUCCACGGUCCGUACGCGCUUGCGCUCACUAGUGGCGCUGCUCCAUCGGCUUCGUCGCUUGACUUCUCGUUCUUCCAAGGUCUGGAUCUGACUGGUUUUGUCCCGGAUGCUAAGCGUGGCGAAGUCGCCGGUACGAUCACGGAUGCGAACGACGUUCUGGGAGACUCGGAGAUUGUUGUGGCGUUCUCGAACGCCGACGCACAAUACUGGACGAAGGUUGCUGCUGGUUCCAAGACGUUCACGUCCCCCAAGAUGAAGCCUGGCACCUACAAGGCCACUGUGUACAAGAAGCAAUUGGCUGUCGGCUCGGCCUCGGUUACUGUGGCUGAGGGCGAGUCCGCAAAGCAGACCAUUGACGUGACAUACGAGCUCACUAAGGACCCUAUUUGGCGUAUCGGUGAAUGGGACGGCACCACCGACGGCUUCCUGAACGCUGACAAGAUCCACACGAUGCACCCGAGUGACUCGCGCAUGUCUGCGUGGGGCCCGAUCACGUUCGCCGCCGGCAAGGACGACAACAGCAAGUUCCCCUUGGCUCAGUUCCGUGCCGCGAAUGACAACAUCAAGAUCACUUUCGACCUGACGGACGCGCAGGCUGCAGAGUCCAGGACGCUCAAGAUCGGAUUGACGCUCGCUAAGGCUGGUGCACGCUCCAGAGUCAUUGUAAACGACUGGACUGCCGAACUUCCUGAGUCUGUGGGGGUCAAGACGCGGGGUAUCACCCUCGGUGUCACUCUCGGCAACUACAAGUUGUACGACUACGUGAUCCCGUCGUCGGCUCUUAAGACGGGGUCAAACACCAUCACGCUGUCAAUUGCUAGCGGUGCUAGCGACCCGGCCGAGAAAUACCUGUCCGCUUCGGUUGUCUUUGACGCCCUGGAGCUGGUUUAG